AUAACCAUUCAGAGUAGCCUUACUAGCCUUCAUCGCAUAGCAUUCACUGGAAAUGUAAGAUAUAUUGGUAUUUCUCCUCUUUUCACUAAUUUACGCAACUCGUAAAAGAGUGAUUAUUCUUUUUUCUCACACUCUAUGCUUAAGCUACCAUUACAGAAAGGCUAUCAUGGACUAAUUUCACAAACCUUCGUAAAUCGUAUUUCUCAUAAUUAUUGUCUGGGUUAUAAUGCCAUAAGGUGACGACAUUUACGAGAAAAUUGAUUCACAAAGCUUUGUGAAAGUGGCCCCAUAUCUUAAUUUACUUCUGUUAAGCCUAGGCCUAUAAACAUUGUUAGUGCCGGUACCAGUUAGGUUUGGCCACAUCAGGUGGUAGCAAUAUGUGAUCUGACCCAUGGACUAAGGUGGUUUAUAAGGAAAUGGAAACGUUCAUAAACACUGGAUUUUUUUUUCUUCGUACUCAGACGCAAAACGAAAGCGCUAAAUUGGAUUUGAGAGUGAAGUCAGCAUUGUUUAAAAAACCCGGAAGACUUAUGAAUAUUCAUGACAAAGUCACAUGUGACCAGUAUUAUUGGUCGGCUGUUGUGUGACCCAGUACGGAGGCUAAUCGUGUUAAGCAGUGUUAUCUCGUCUCGGGUGGACGCCUUAUUCUGCUUCACGGGCUGAGCGUUUUGAGUACCGCAUUUUAUUUUCACUGCUGUUGUUGUUGUUCAGUCUAAUUGUUACGCCUUUGAAUUUUAUCAUAUGAAAUGGCGUCUGUGAAGAUAGCGAUCAUCGGUGGAUCUGGGCUGGACAACCCAGAAAUCCUGGAGGAUAGAUCUGAAAAAUAUGUGGAAACACCAUUUGGGAAGCCGUCGGAUGCUCUGAUUCUAGGCACCAUAAGCAGUGUGCCCUGCGUGUUGCUGGCUCGUCACGGUCGGAAGCACAGCAUAAUGCCAAGUAAUGUGAACUACCGAGCUAACAUCUGGGCCCUGAAAGAAGAAAACUGCACGCAUCUGUUGGUGACAACAGCGUGCGGGUCUCUCCAAGAAAACAUGAAACCAGGAGAAUUUGUUCUGAUUGAUGACUUUAUUGACAGAACCACCAAACGCCACCAAACCUUCUACGACGGUUCGGAGAAAGCGCCUCCUGGUGUUUGCCACAUCCCCAUGGAUUCGCCAUUCUGCUCCAAAACCAGGGAGAUUAUAGCGGGCAUUCUGAAAGAGUUGGGAUACUCAUUCCAUCCGUCCGGAACCAUGGUGACGAUAGAAGGUCCAAGGUUUUCGUCUCGGGCGGAGGGCAAGUUGUUUCGUUCUUGGGGUGCUGAUGUCAUCAAUAUGACGACUGUGCCAGAAGUUGUUUUGGCGAAGGAGGCUGGUCUCUGCUAUGCAGCCAUGGGUUUGAUAACUGAUUACGACAGCUGGAGCGAUGAACACGAUUCGGAACAUGUCAGUGUAGAAAUGGCACUUACAACCAUGAGUAAAAAUGCAUCAUUGGUUAUAAAGGCCCUUGUAAAAACGGUCAGUGCAGUUGCAGCUACUGAUUGGUCGGGAAUGUUGAAAGAAAAUGAGAAUGUAAGCAAAAUGUCAGUAAUGCUGUAGUUUAUGGUAGAGCAGAGGUGAUAUUAAGCAUUACAGAUUCUUAACGCUGCAUCGUCAAAAGUCAGAAUGAACGCUUAUGACACUUCCAGCCAAUCCCAAAUUGAAAGUUGGAAGCCUGUACCUGUGCAUAAAGAUACAGAAUUUUAUGUGACACGCUUUUAUAUAUAUAUCUUUUACAGUAAUUUUGUACGAAUGAAAAGUGUGAAUUGUCAUUUGAUUUCAGCUGAAUACCUUAAUAGAUCAUGUUUUUUUUUUCGUUGUCUCAUAUCCCUCCCAUGUUUAAAGUGCUGAAAACAGGGUGUCCAAAUAGUGCCAGUUUAUUUAUUUUAGCCAUUCAAGUGGCUAACCCUAUGAGUCAAGGCAACUUUGUUGUUUGUGUGAACAUGUAAUUUCCUGCAUGUAGAAAAAACUUACUGCAGAAAAAUAGAAGUUUCGAGUGGUUUUUGAUUUUAUAUACUUUUAAAUUUAUUUAGAAAAAUUUUUCUUCGUAUUUUUUGGCUCAAAUGUAUACAUGAAAUGGCUUGAAUAAGUCAAAAUUGCAUUGAGACCGUGAACACUAUAAUCACUGGGCCGAGACAUCACGGCUGGGUGACGAUCAGAAUACACAUGCAUAUGUGGUGACGGGACAAACACAUUAAUGGUUAAGUGGAUCCUCUUCUGAUCCUAACAUGCAGAACUCUCCUCACACCAUAAUGCUGGCCACUGUUGCAUAAGUGAAAUGUUUUUGAGUAGGCCUACGAUAUAAAUCUCCAAUCAAAUGAAAAUAAAUAAAUAAAUAAAUAAAUCAUCACUGAGUUGUGUCACUAUUGAGCACCGAUGUGUAAUGGAGGGAAGAAAUGUAGCCUACUCUAAAUGGCCUAAAAUUUCACCUACAAAAGUGCAUUUUUAGAGGCAGUAAAAUGUCACAAAACAUUUUUGGUGCUGAAACUUACAAUUUUACAGUAGAAUAUCAUCCCAUAUCAAACCUGAAAACACCUUUCUCAAACCAAUAGAACUCUGAGAAUCAGGAAAAAUGGGCAAGUUAGUCAUGAAGGAAAUUUCUGGUCAUUUAGGUUUAGUGUAUAUACUUAUAGUGCUGCGGGUAACUUUGACAGAGCCUGAAAUGUUGACAUUGGACUUGGUCAAACUUGUGAUUGCACAAAAUGGCUGCUACGCAAAAGUUCUUGGAAUGCAUUUUUGCAAGUUUUGGAUGAUAUUACUGUAAUAUUUUUGCAUGUACGGUAUACAUCGUGAAAUGUAGAAUUCUUUACAUUGAUCACAUUGAUUUUGUCAUAUUGUAUUAAGACCUUGAACAUGUAUAUAUCUGUCCAUUUAAAUCAUUAAAUGGCCAGGGGUUC